GGCUAUACAAGUGACAAUGCGCUCAUAGUAAUCUACACAAAACAUGGGUUUCAAUUGAACGUUCCUACUUUAGAUCAAUUUACAUUUUAUAGACGUGCGAUGAUAUUACAGUCUUUUGGUGUUGUGUUUUGUUAGUGGUGGUGAAAAUAAGUGAAAUCUAAACAUGUGAAUCAAACAUUUAUCGUUAAAUCAAUGAAGAUUCAUUGAGUUGCGUGUUUAAUUAAUAUUCAAAAACCGGUUUUAUAUGCGAGUUCUAUUCGCGUUAAGCAGCUAGUUGAAGACGCGAAUUUGUUUACAAUGGCAUUUUCACUUAAUAAAUUGAAAAAUAUUUUAAGCACAAAUAAGGACAGCCAGCUGGCAGGGAGUGGCAGUUUAGAACCAGAAAUUGGUUUUAAAUUGGCUCUACAUCCCGUAAAUAAAACAUUAUACGUGACCGUUAUCGGCGCCCGGCACCUCCCGUCAUUGUUUGGAUUAAGCCGUGCCCAUGGAUACCUCGUUAAGGUUAAAAUAUUCCCUGGUGACAGCAAAUAUGAAACGACAUUACAAGAGAGCUCCUGGCCGGUAUGGAAUGAAGAUUUUAAGUUCCAAAUUAAGCAAAAAGAUGCGAAAAAACCGACUGAUAAAGUUGACCUCCAAAGCCUCCUUGCGGGUUACUUCUUAUCGCUGACUAUUUACGCUAUAUUAGAACCUCCUAAACAGGAAAGUGAUAAAAAACGCAGCAGCAAAACUAUAGACACGAAAAAAUCAUCAAAAGUGACCGAUCAAGAAGAGUCUAAGCCAAAAUCCGGUUUCCUUGAAAAGUUUAAUAGUUUUAAAUCCACAAAAGCUGAAGCGAUAGCCCAGAAAUCAAUUUUAGAAAAAAGGCGGACUGUUGGCGCUGCGACGUGGAAUUUCGAUACAAAAUUGUUUCAGAACGAUCUCAAAAAUGGACUUACCGGUACUCCGGAUAUUUGGAGACCUAUAAAUGCGAUCGCAAGUGGACUUACAGCAGUUGAUGCAAGGAGGGAGAAUCGAAAGGGUCAGUUGGAGAUAACUCUUAUGUACACGGCGAGUGAGGACAGCUUCAAUGACGUGGUGCAGCUGACCGUCAACAGGCUGCGGUGUAGUGUGCAAACAAUGCAGGAACACGAACAGUUUAAAGCGCCGCUGUACCUUAAAGCAACCAUAUUAGAGGCGAAUAAAGCCGAAUGUUUUUGGAAAAGCGACAGAUUUGUUCCCACAAUAUCCGCCAGAUGGGAUCCGAAAUCUUCAACCGUGAAACUAACAGUUUUCAAAGCGAAUUUGAAUAAAGUCAGCAUUUACAUCAGCUUGGGGUGUAAAACGAAAAUGGCGAAGAAGGAAAUACUCGGCAAAGCGAUCAUCGAUGAGAAAUCUGCAUAUGCGGACAGCUGGAACGAGUGCCUGAGACAACCGGGGAUACCGAAAGUAUUCUGGGUCAACUUCGAGUAGGAUGCACGAGAAAAAUCUAUAAGACUAACGACGCAAAUCAACUCACAUUCAUGUAAAAUCUUUAUUAUAUCCAAUUCCGCACACUCUUUAUUUAUUUCGAAGUCCAAUUAAAUAUAUAAAACAAAUUAUUGUAAUCAGCUGGGGGACAGAUUUGUCUUCGGGUAGACCUCUCUAUUGGUUGUGAAUGACAAUUUCACGCUUAUUGAUUAGCGAUUAGUGAAAAAAAGAAUUUCACUUUGGAUAUUAUUGUACUUGUACACUAACUUGAUGUGAAUAAUUCUUAAAAUGUAUCAUUAUUGACACAAUGACAAUAUGUAGUUUGUAAGUUAUGUAAGAUUUCGUACGACACACAAAUAUAAUUUUACUAAUAUAUUUAUAUAAAAAA